GAGGCGGCGGCGGCGGCGAACAAAGAGGCGGCGGGCGCGGGCGGCCGAGCGGAGCCGAGCGCCGACGAGCACCGCCGAGCCGGGCCGAGCCGGGCCGAGCCGGGCCGGGCCGGGCCCAGGAGCGCGCAGGCGAUGCGGGCGACCAGGCCGGGGUCGGCGGGCCCCUGAACCCGACGCCCCGGGCCAGCGAGGAGCCGCGCGGCGGCCGCGUGUCCGAGGGGCCGGGCCCGCCAUGGCCGGGGUCAGCUACACGGCGCCCUGGUGGGUGAACCUCCUGCACCGGCUGCCGCACUUCAGCCUGCGCUGGGAGCCCACCAGCAGCCAGUUCCGGCCCGAGGACCCCGACUACCAGCAGGCGCUGCUGCUGCUCGGGGCCGCCGCGCUGGCCUGCCUCGCCCUGGACCUCCUCUUCCUGCUCCUCUACUCCUUCUGGCUGUGCUGCCGGCGGCGCAAGAGCGAGGAGCACCUGGACGCCGACUGCUGCUGCACCGCCUGGUGCGUGGUCAUCGCCACGCUGGUGUGCAGCGCCGGCAUCGCCGUGGGUUUCUAUGGCAACGGGGAGACCAGCGAUGGCGUCCAUCGAGCCACCUACUCGCUCCGCCACGCCAACCGCACGGUGGCGGGGGUGCAGGACCGCGUGUGGGACACCGCGGCCGCCCUGAACCUCACGGCGGAGCCCGGCCUGCAGAGCCUGGAGCAGCAGCUGGCCGCCCGCCCGGAGCCCCUGCGCGCAGUGCGGCGGCUGCAGGGCCUGCUGGAUGCGCUGCUGGGCUACACGGCCGCCAUCCCGUUCUGGGGGAACCCCGCUGUGUCCCUGGAGGCGCUGGCCGAGCAGGUGGACCUCUACGAUUGGUACAGGUGGCUGGGCUACCUGGGCCUGCUGCUGCUGGACGUGGCCAUCUGCCUGCUGGCGCUGGUCGGCCUCAUCCGCAGCUCCAAGGGCAUCCUCGUCGGGGUCUGCCUGCUGGGGGUCCUGGCCUUGGUCAUCAGCUGGGGUGCGCUGGGCUUGGAGCUGGCUGCGUCUGUGGCCUCCAGUGACUUCUGUGUGGAUCCCGACACCUAUGUGACCAGGAUGGUGGAGGAGCACGCGGUGCUAAGUGGGGACACCCUGCAGUACUACCUGGCCUGCUCGCCCCGCACCGCCAGCCCCUUCCAGCAGAAGCUGUCGGGCAGCCACAAGGCGCUGGUGGAGAUGCAGGACAUCGUGGCCGAGCUCCUGAGGACCGUCCCCCGGGAGCACCCGGCCACCCAGGACCCUCUGCUCCGCGUGCAGGAGGCGCUGAACGGCACGGAGGUGCACCUGCAGCACCUCACGGCGCUGGUGGACUGCCGCAGCCUGCACCUGGACUACGUGCAGGCGCUGACCGGCCUCUGCUACGACGGCGUCGAGGGCCUCAUCUACCUGGCCCUGUUCUCCUUCGUCACCGCGCUCAUGUUCAGCUCCAUCGUCUGCAGCGUCCCCCACACCUGGCAGCAGAAAAGAGGCCCCGAGGAGGACGGGGAGGAGGAGGCGGCCCCGGACCCGCGGCGGGCCCACGACAGCCUCUACCGCGUCCACAUGCCCAGCCUGUACAGCUGCGGCAGCAGCUACGGCAGCGAGGCCAGCAUCCCGGCCGCGGCCCACACCGUCAGCAACGCCCCGGUCACCGAGUACAUGAGCCAGAAUGCCAACUUCCAGAACCCCCGCUGUGAGAACACCCCCCUCAUCGGGCGCGAGUCCCCGCCGCCCUCGCGAUAUCUGGCUGCCCUGGACUCUGGCGGCCACACGGGCUGGCAGUUUAAGCCCAUGGACAGUGCCUGACCGCUGUGGUGGCCAUGCCCUCAGAGUGACAGUACACGUCCAGCAUGAGAGCCAAAUACCUCGCCACCAGCCAGCCGCGCCCCGACUCCAGCGGCAGCGGCCACUAGACCGCCGGCCGGCCACCGCCCCACGUGCCAAUCACCCUGCUCCUCCCCUGCCAGCAGCGCGCCCCCCCCAGGCCGCCAGCCCGUCUGCACCCUCCCCCCUUUCUGCAGGGGCCCUGCCAAUGGAGAUGAGGAGUUCUGAGCUGCACCCUGUCCUUGGGGUCCACGCCUGGACUCCCGGGAGCGCUGUCACGGACACAGGGCCCUCGCGGUCCCCCCACCCCUCUGCCCUCUAAGGAUUCGGGUUCGCAGAGCCCUGCUCUGGGCCAGGCGGCAGCCCCUGCAGCACCGACGCUGGGCCUGCGCCUCCAGCUCAGCCCUCCCCCCCGCAGCCCUGAUGCCCUGUGGUCACUCGCUGCCCUCUGCCCAGCCCUCCGUGCUCCUGCGUGUCUCUGGCUCCUUCUCUCCCCCUGACCACAGGCCCCUCCAGCCAGUUGCCAGAGGCUCCUGGGCCCGCCUCCGCCUCCGCCUCCGCCUCCGCCAGCUUCGCUCUCUCCCUCUAGCUCCUGCGGCGCCCGCCCUCCACGCGGCCAGAGGACAGCUGGUGUCGCCGAGCCUGGGCUGCUCACCAUGGUGCCAAACCCCCUCCCCCGCAGGCUUGGCACCUUGUUCCGGUUCAUUCUUUGCACUAACCAUGCUCCUCAUCUCUAGGGUAUGUGGGCCGCGGACCGCACACACUCCCUCCCGGCCCCCUUCCACCCAGGACAGGUGCCGUGGCCUGGAGCCUGGCCACGGGGGUGUGAGGGGCGGGGGGACCUGAGCUGCCUGUGAAUGAGCCCUUGGCCCUGCCGCCCGGGACUAACCACUAACCUCACCCCAGCCGCCCGGUGCUGCAGCCCAGCCGGCCAGUGUGACCCCGAGUCCCGGAGGACCGGCCGGGAGUCAGGCUGAGCGGCCGCUGUUUCUCGGGGCGCUGCUGGGGGCAUAGGCCGCCCCGGCAGGUGCUACCCCAGGAGGGUGUGGGCUGUAGGACGAGGUCCCUGCAGCCUCGGUCUCCCUGUGAAGUGGGGGCGAGGCCUCCGUAAGGUGCUUCUGGCUUGGUGUGCAGUGUUUGCUGUCCUGCCCGGGGGAGCCGGCCCCAGGGAGAGGCCGGGCCAGGGUCCCGCUGCCGGGGGCAGUGACAGACCUGUGGGUGCCAACUUCAGAGGCCCCUGCCCUUCCCUCCCCCGGGACCUCCUCUCUGUGCUGGUGUCUGGGACCAAAAGGGGGGGUGGGGAUGGCCCCCACCCAGGGCAGCCUCUGCCAGGAAGUGGGGGCCUGACUAGACGCCCCUGGGCACGGCUGAACCUCACACACUGUCCAGCGUGCUCCAGGCCCCCUGGCAGGACACAGGCCCCUGGGCUCCCCCCACCCCCCUUAGGUGGGAGUGUGAUGGCCUCUGGGCAGGAGGGGGCCCAGCAGUCCUGCUCGGUGCCGGCAGUGUUCUGCUGCUGCUGGGCCCUGCGGCCGCGAGGCCCCCCAUGUGAAGGGACAGCAGGAGCGGCCGCCCGCCCCGACCUGUGCCGCCUGGGAGGCCGCCCCACGUAGGACGUGGGUGUGUGCCGCUGGCCUGUGACCCCGAGUCCCCCACUCACCGAAUUUGAGUAAAAGGGAAAACCAAAGGGGUUCAAACCUGAGCUCAGUGCGUGGAGCAGGGCGGGCCCACGUGGGUUUUUUCUGUUUUGGGGUCUCUUCCUAGCCAUGCCCCCCGCCACUGACCUCCACACCCACCCCUGCACCAGUGGGUCUGGGGCCCGCAGGCCUGACUGCAUCUUGGGGGGCAGGCCCUUGACCUCGUGGGGGGCAGGGAGGCCACAAAGCCCCACAGGGCUCAGCCCUCCAGCCUGGUGAGCAGGAGGCGGGUUGGGCCCCCGGGGGCCUGAUUGGAAGCCCCUGACCUCUGGGCCACCCCCACCCCAUCUCACUAUGCAAUUCCCUCUGAGCACCAGCCCCCCCAACCCACCCACCCACCCGGACCCUGCCAGCCCCAGGGGUGGGAGCCGCGGGGAGGGAGCUCCUGGGGGUUUUGUUCAGCGCGAUGGCCACGCGCUCCUGUGAUACUGACCCACCUCAGUGUGACGCUGAGACCCCAACCCUCCCGGCCCCUCCCAUCCGAUUAACAUCGGAGCUGACCCCCGACUGAGGCCUGAGGCACGGACCUUUGACCCCUGACCUCCCCAGGGCCUUGGGGGAGUGCUGUCGCUAUUU